AGCGGUCCGCGUGCGUCCAGUCCCAAGGCCGACGCCAGCACGCCCGCAUGGCCCCCGCAGCGGCGUCGGGUGGCAGCACCCUGCCCAGAGGCUUCGCGGUCUUCGCCACUUUCCCGGACCUGCUCUUCAUCUUCGAGUUUGUCUUCGGGGGCCUGGUGUGGAUCCUGGUUGCCUCGUCCCUGGUGCCCAUCCCCCUGAUCCAGGGCUGGGUGAUGUUUGUGUCCGUGUUCUGCUUCCUGGCCACCACAACCUUGCUUGUCCUGUACAUAAUUGGUGCCCACGGCGGGGAGACUUCCUGGGUCACCCUGGAUGCAGCCUACCACUGUGUUGCUGCCCUGUUUUACCUCAGUGCCUCUGUCUUGGAAGCUCUGGCCACCAUCGGGAUGCAGGAGGGCUACACCUAUAAACAGUACCACGAGAACAUCUCUGCCGUGGUGUUUUCAUACGUGGCCACUCUGCUGUACGUGGUCCAUGCAGUGUUUUCUUUAAUCAGAUGGAAGUCUUCAUAAAGCCGCAGAACUUUUGCUGAAAACUCAGACGGUGUUCACUGAUCAGCCCGCCUUCCAGUAUAACAUUUUAGAAUGCACAAAUACUCCCAAUGGUGGAAAAAAGAAAACAAACAAAAAGCAACGCUCUGUUUCUUGUGGGUGUUAUGUUUACUCUCCCAUAUACCUUCAUGUCAGGGUUGGGGGCUUGCUGCAUUUAACCUCCAACGACUGAGCUGUCUUUCUAGAGUCAUUUUCUGUUUGUGAAAGAGGGCUGUCGGGGUGGGAAAUGGGGGCUGUGACUGUGAAACCAAGAUCCCCUGCUGACCCCUGGGCCAGAUCUUGAGAACUGUCUGUUGGAAUUUUCCACAAGCUCUCUUGAGUACCCAUCCUGGGGCUCGUUUCCAAGUCUUCAUGGAUAGUCUACCUGUCCUGGGGAGUGAAGCUCACCCAACAAGUAUCUGCAGAUGUCCACAGUGGAAGAUGAUAAACCUUUGAAAUACUUAAAAGUGCCUUUAUGCUCAGUACUUUUGUGGGGUGUUGGGGGGUUUUGUUUUUAAUUCCCCAGUAUCAGGGACUCCAUCACUUUAGCUUUCUUCCUGAGGAAUCCUUUGGCUUAGACGGAAUCUCUAAAGGCAGCAUCAAAUGGCAGUUCAGAUGACAGCUGUGUGUGCUCGGCCACCACGCUGCCAGGGAGCCCGUCACUGGGUGUCCCACCCUCCCCAGCUACCACGCUUGUCAGAUGGCUUUGCCCUCUCUGGACACUCGCCAAGUACCAGCCCAGGGGGACCCCUUCUUUCUAAUGGAACAUAGAACCCCUACAAGGGGUCUGUGCUCCAUGAGAAAGUCCUUAAGCCAGGGGGCACCUGGGUGGCUCAGUCGGUUAAGCAUCCGAUUCUUGAUCACUGCUCAGGUCUUGAUCUCAGGGUCAUGAGUUCAGGCCCCACAUUGGGCUCUACGCUGGGUGUGGCGCCUACUUAAAAAAAAAAAAGUCCUUAAGCCAAAAGAAAACAAGGUGCAAAAGUUUCUUCUCACUCUUCGUGAAGCUGAUCGGAAAUUCUCUGGACAGUGUGCUUUGUGCUCUGUUCAAAUUAGGGAUGAGGGUAAUAAACUGUUUUUUAGAAUUUCCUUGGGCCACUCCCAAGGAGAGCGGGAGGACCAGACCCCUGAGGGAAAGGAAGUAAAAGGACAAGUGGUGAGUGCCAUGUUUUAGGUGUGGGAUGUCUGUAUUGAAAGGAGCGGGGGCAGUUAGGAAGGAGGCGCUCAGUUAGGAAUCAAUCCUGAAAGCCCAGUUUCCAUUUUAAAAUGCUGCUUUGUCUCUUUGCUCAGAGAAUUUAAUGAUAUUCCACAGCUGGGCACCAAAGAGGUGCCUCAAAAACCUCCCAGCUAUGGAGGUCUACAGGCAGAGGCUGGACGACCUCUUGCUAGUGGCCACAUACAGCGAAGAUUCAAGCCUCGGGCAGAGGUUUAGCAAGUUGACAUUUUACUCCCCUUCCAACUUGGGGACGCCUUGCCUAAGUGGGGUCUCAGUGGUAUUUUCAGGAGAUCCUUUAUGAUCCCAGGGUAAUUGUACCAGAAAAAGGCCACCUUUGGUAAAUCCACUUUAAACAAAAUUGAAGUAAAUAUUUCAUAGUAAAUUAGAAGCAAAAAGUUUGAUUGAGGCUUUAUCCUGAAAAAGUACACAUUAAAAAUCAUGAAGAAAU